AAUAUACAAAUUUUCAUUUCGUUUGCAAAUAACAAAAUAAAAUAAAAAGGAAAAAAGUAAUGCCGUCCAAAAUGUACGACUUCCCAAUCAGACAUUAACAUCAACAUCAAAGCAUACUUAAUCUAACCUCACACUGAAAUACAAUACGCAGAUCAAAUUAUCAAACGUAACAAGUUUUUUUUUUAUGUUUAGAUUCUUUUCCCAACCCUCUUCCUAUCAAUUUAUCGUCAUCAAAUAUAUUAUAAAGUUCAACUCUCGUAAUAUUAACAAAAUAAACUAUUUUUAUGGGACGUUUAUAAGAUCACUAAGGUGGAAGUCGGAAAGUAGAAGUGAUCGCGAAAUGGGUAGAGCGGGUGGCGGGUGCAUUGUUCCGGUGGAUGACGGUUCCGAUGACGGCGUUUCAUUGACGAAGAAGACGCCGGGGCCACGGAGCUGGUUACAGUUAGAUGCUUCCGGCCAAGAAAUGAAUAUGGAGACGGAUAAAUACGUGAUCAUGAACCGGGUUCAAAUCCACGCUCGCGAUUUCCGUAUCAUCGAUCCUUUUCUGUCUUACCCUUCCAAGAUUCUUUCUCGUGAAAGAGCCAUUGUUCUCAAUUUGGAGCACAUCAAGGCUAUAAUUACAGCUGAAGAGGUUUUAAUUCUAAAUCCACUGGAUGAGAACGUAAUCCCCGUUGUAGAACAACUUCGAAGACGAUUGCCUCCAGGGAAUGGCGAAGAAUCAUCACCAAACAACGCUGAAAGUGCAGACGAAGAUGAAAAUCCGUUCGAACUUAGGGCAUUGGAAGUGAUUUUAGAGGCGAUUUGUAGUCACCUUAAUGCCCGCAGUACAGAAUUGGAGACUGCUGUCUACACUGCUCUAGAUAUGCUUACAUUGAAGAUUACUCAUCGAAACUUAGACAAACUUCGAAAGCUGAAGAGUCAACUGACUAGGUUGACUUCUCGUGUACAAAAGGUGAAGGAUGAGCUUCAUGAUCUGCUGGAUGAUGAUCAUCUGAUGUGUACCCUUUACUUGUCGAGAAAGUUAGCCGGUAGAUCUGCGCGUUUCACUCAUUCCGGUGAUGCGAAUUUGUCCGUUCAUCCUCCGAAAUCAACCUCAAAAACGUUGAAAGCAAGCCGGGGAAACACUUUACCUGCAGAUAAACUUAGUGAAGAUUAUGAUAUCCAUGCACUAGAAAUGUUACUUGAGGCUUACUUCAGUCAAAUUGAUAACACAGUCAAUAAGUUAGCCGCUGUAGGUGACUAUAUUGAUAGCACAGAAGACUACUUAAACAUUCAGCUUGACAACCGGCGAAAUAAGCUCUACCAGCUGGAUCUGUUUUUCACGGCUGGAGUUAUAAGCUUGGCAAUAUAUGCGGUUCCAACUGCAUUCUUUGGAAUGAACUUUGAUUUUACCUGGAGCUUGGACGGUUAUGGAUACACCUUCAAAUGGAUUGUCGUAGUUUCGGGCAUUAUAGCAGCUGUGGUGUUUAUGUUCAUCGUGGGAUAUGCUCGUUACAAAGGACUAUUUGGAGCUUGGACUAAUUCAUGAUGAUGAAGAAUAUGUUUUGCAUAAUUUAAUGUAUACUACUAAUCAUGUUAUUGUGAUCUCUCUGUCUCUAAAAAAAAAAAAAUUACUCUGCAGUACAAAUAUCAAAAUCAUUAUGGAGUAUUUAUUUUUGUAUUUUUUAAAAUAUUAUUUUUUAUUAAGUUUAUUUUUCUAAUAAUUUUGGUCGCAAAUUUCUUUUAUAAUGUUCAUGAUCUAGCUCUU